CUAACUCACAUUUGGAAAGGAUUAGCCUAUAAACAGAAGAUUAAUUUAAUUUAAGAGGAGACGCAUUGCGUCUCCAAUGGAUUCUUUCCAAUCAAUUCAUCACGCCCACCAAACAGAAAUGUUUCAGGAACAUUGAAAUGAGAAAAGUAUUAGCUUUCCAUCGUUCCUCUUCUUCUCUUAAUGUCCAUUUACUCCCCUGUUCUGUUUCUUGUUUUGCAACCCUUACUCCCCUGUUCCAAUCAACAUCACAAACUCAAAAACAUUUUAUUUCACUCAUCAAAUCAUGUACCCAGAAGAUCCAUUUUCUCCAAAUCCAUGCCCACAUCAUCCGUACAUCUCUCAUUCAAGACCCCACAAUUUCUCUUCACUUGCUGUCCCGCAUUUCGCUCCCUCCCUUCCACGAUCCUCCUUAUUCCCGCUUGAUAUUCGAUCAACUACGUAACCCAAAUGUAUCUCAUUUCAAUACUCUUAUAAGAGCUUACUCUAUCAGCAACUCGCCUCAACAAGCCUUUUAUUUGUUCAAAAUAAUGAGACAAAAAUCGGUAUCAACAAACCCCUUAACGUGUUCUUUUGCAAUUAAGUCUUGCGUUAGAUUUUCUUCAUUGAUAGGUGGUGUACAAAUUCAUGCUAGAAUUUUUAGAGAUGGGUUUCAAUCAGAUAGUCUUUUGAUGACUACUUUGAUGGAUUUUUAUUCAAACAGUAAGAAAAGUGUUGAAGCUUAUAGAGUGUUUGAUGAAAUUCCCCACAGAGAUACUGUUGCGUGGAAUGUUUUGAUUUCUUGUUAUGUAAGUAACAAGCGAUCCCGGGAUGCUUUGUGUGUGUUUGAUAAUAUGAAUAGCGAGGUCAAUGAGUGUAAGCCGGAUGAUGUUACUUGUUUACUUGUUCUUCAAGCUUGUGCCCAUUUGGGUGCAUUAGAAUUUGGAGAGAAAGUUCAUAGCUAUAUAGAGGAACAUCGGUAUGGUGAUGCUAAUAAUGUUUGUAAUUCUCUUAUAGCAAUGUAUUCACGGUGUGGGAGUUUGGAUAAGGCUUAUUGGGUAUUUAAGGGUAUGCGAAAGAAGAAUGUGGUUUCAUGGAGUGCUAUGAUUCAUGGUUUUGCUAUUAAUGGCCAUGGGAGAGAGGCUAUUGAAGCAUUUGAAGAGAUGCAAAGAAGGGGCGUUUUGCCGGACGAUCAGACUUUUACCGGGCUUCUUUUGGCUUGUAGUCAUUGUGGGUUUGUUGAUGAAGGAAUGAUGUUUCUUGAUCGAAUGAAAAAAGAAUUUAACAUAUUACCUAACAUACACCAUUAUGGAUGCAUCAUUGACCUCUUGGGUCGUGCUGGUUUGCUUGAUCAGGCUUAUCAAGUUAUAAUGUCAAUGGAGGUCACACCAGAUCCAACUAUAUGGAGAACUUUACUUGGUGCUUGCAGAAUUCAUGGACAUGUCAAUCUUGGUGAACAAGUGGUUGGACAUUUGAUUGAACUUAAGGCUCAGGAAGCUGGAGAUUAUGUUUUGUUGUUGAACAUAUACUCCUCAGUUGGAAACUGGGAGAAGGUGAAGGAAUUAAGGUGUGUUAUGAAGGAGAAAGGAAUCCAAACUACUCCUGGUUGUAGUACAAUUGAAAUAAAGGGAGUAGUGCAUGAGUUUGUUGUGGAUGAUGUUUCACAUCCACGAAAGGAUGAGAUCUAUGGGAUGUUAGAUGAGAUUAAUCAGCAGCUGAAAAUUGCUGGUUAUGUUUUUGAAAUAACAUCUGAAUUGCACAACCUGGGUGCAGAAGAAAAGGAGUAUGUGCUCUCUUACCAUAGUGAGAAGUUGGCUAUUGCUUUUGGGGUCCUUGUAACCCCACCUGGCACAGCAAUCCGAGUGGCCAAGAAUCUGCGAAUCUGUGUUGAUUGCCACAAUUUUGCUAAGGUACUUUCGGGAGUUUAUGACAGAGAAGUAAUCAUUAGAGAUCGUACUCGGUUUCAUCAUUUCCGACAAGGACACUGCUCUUGCAAUGACUACUGGUAGGGCGUUAAUGGUUGGAGAAAGGCUCUUAAAGCAUGAUUCUUGAGGCCACUGAUGUCUGAGAAAGUAUUAACUGCCAGUGCUAGGCUUGGCUUUUAUACUACCCAUGCCUUACGGAUCAUGUGGAGAAGAAUCAUUAUUUCCUUGGCCUAUAAGGAUUUAGCGACCCCAACAAUAAGUGGGAACAAGUAUUUCCUCCAUUAAAGCAUACGGUAGCGUGCAAUUUGGUUCAAUUGUAUCCAGCAGCCUUGCUCAAUCUCUGAUUCUUUAUAUAAAGAUUGCAAAUCCUGAUCAAUAAGACCAUACGUAUCUACUUUGAAUACAUAAAUGAGUAUAUAUUUGAUAUAUGUCAUAUGAUUGGGUGAUUUUGAAUUAAAGAUAAAAUAACAACCAAUCACGUGACGACAUAUAUAAGUGUAUGCCUAUACUCUUAGUAAAUACGUAUAGUAUUAUUGCUCAAUGUUGAUAUGGUGUAUUUUGGAAUCCAGCCAUGUAUUCAUUGUACAUGAUUGAAAAAUGAGGUCAGGAGCUUCAUUCA